CUACACAGGCCUCUUCUGGAAUGGUCUCGACCCUUCAGGAUGAGCCAACCACCUCCUCCGCUACACAGGCCUCUUCUGGAAUGGUCUCGACCCUUCAGGAUGAGCCAACCACCUCCUCCGCUACACAUAUGUCUCCACAAAUAUCUGAUAUUGAGGAUGAAGACCCCUUUGCCUCUACUUCUCCCCAGCAUGAGCUUUCAGAAAUGCCUGGAGCUGAACCCCCACUGGGCCCCACUGGUGAGGAUGAGCCUCUGUCAACCGACCCUGCUAACUUGCCCUCAUAUCUGACUGACAGGAUACGGACUGAGCUGGUUCGCAGAGGACCAAGUAAGGUGCCACCUGGCUUUGUUUUCCGUAGGAAUGAGAGUGAUGGGAGAAGUUGCCACCACCAAUAUUUUAAGAAGACAUUAGUAAGUGGUGAAAAGAUGGCAAGAAGUUGGCUGAUUUAUUCAAUUAAGAACAACAGCCUCUUUUGCUUCUGCUGCAAAUUGUUUUCCAAGAGGAACAUCAAUUUAACAAGUGCAGGAAUGGCAAAUUGGAAACAUGCAAGCAAUUAUCUCACAUCACAUGAAAACAGUACAGAACACCUCAAUUGCAUGAAAGCAUGGAAGGAACUGUCAGUGAGGUUAAAAAGUGGGACAACUAUUGAUAAGCAGGAGAUGGCACUUCUGGAGGCUGAAAGGGUGAGAUGGAGAGCAGUGCUGACACGUCUCACUGCUAUCGUGCAGUCACUGGCCAUUCGAAAUUUGGCACACAGAAACACUGUUCACACCAUCAAAUGGGAACUUCCUCAAAGAGGUCGAACUUAUGGCCAGGUUUGA